AUGGCCGACUCCGAGGGCGAAAUCGAAGAUGAUGCACGAUUGCUCGAAGGCGAUGAGGCCACACAUGCACAAGAAAGUUCUUCUGGCGAUCGGCACGAGAGUCAAACCAAUAUGGAGGAGAAGUUCGAGGAGCUAUCGGGCAACAUUAAAGAUGGUUUUUCUUCGCUUGGCGAAUUGUUGACAGAUCUGAUGCAACAAAAAUCACGAGGCAAGCGCUCCCGCCAAAAAUCAAGGUCUUCCUCGCCGGCCUCGGCUGACGGCGACCAAACAACCAGCCCUAAACGGGCAAGGCUCGAGGAUGAACAGAACGACGACGUAGCUGUGUUGCUUGGCGAGUCCCAGCCCCAGGGGGAAAACUCGGGCAAUGACAAUGAAAAAGAGUUUGGCGCAAUUUUGGACAGUGUUGUCCAAGAGCUGGACGAAGAACAGUUGGGGCCUGCUGUGUCCGAGAAGCUUGCCGAAGUUAUUAAUAAAACUCUGCGCUCAAAAUUAAGCGAGGAAAAACUUAAAGAAAAGCAAAACGCUUACCCUAGACCACAAAAUUGUGAAUCACUAGAAACUACUCGGGUUAAUCCAGAAAUCUGGGCACAACUACAAUCUUCAACCAGAUCUCGGGACAUACGUCUCCAGAAAGUACAAAGCCUCUUGCUGAAAGGGCUACUGCCAUUAGUUCAGCUCCUUGAAAAUUGUCGACAAUCGGAUGAUAGGUCGACUGAUAAAGGAAAAAUCAUCAAGCUGGCUCUUGACUCAGUAAGCCUAGUCGCUCAGGCAAAUGUAGAGCUCAAUAGCCGGCGACGAGCAUUGAUUAAGCCUGAUUUGAAUGAAAAAUUUCAGCAAAUCUGUGGCGAUCAUGUGCCGAUUACAACAUUGCUUUUUGGGGAUGAUGUGGCCAAGACACUACAGGACAUUGCUUCCACAAAUCGUGUCAGCCAAAAGGUUGCAACACCUACUUGUUGGCCCAGCUAUGCUCACCAAAACAUCUUUAAUUGGCAUUCAAAAAAUGGAGGGGGGAGGUUCAGGCCCCAAAACAACCUCCCACGUCACAAAAGGGGCCAGAGCCACUACAGACCACAGAGUCAGUGAAACUCGAUAAACAGGUUAGUACCAUAUAUUCAUUUAAUGAUGAUACUAUACCACCCUUCACAGCUGGUGGGCUAAAACAUUUUCAGACUGCUUGGUCAAAAAUUUACUUCAGACCAAUGGAUAUUAAAAGCAAUACAGGGAGUGGAAAUUGAGUUUCUAAUGAAACCAUUCCAAUUGCAGUGAGCUAACUGUCAGUAGUUCUGAGGAGUGCAUUGUUGAUAAUGAAAUCACCAAGUUAAUGAAAGCGGUAAUUGAGCCUACUAACCCAGGAUCAGGGGAGUUUAUUUCUACCAUUUUUAUUCGCCCGAAAAAAGAUGGGACCUUUAGAGUAAUUUUGAAUUUGAAAAGGUUAAAUGAAUUUGUUUGAUACCAUCACAUUAAGAUGGACACUAUUUAUACUGCAAUACAUUUGAUGAAACAGGGCUGCUUCAUGGCCUCUAUUGAUUUGCAGGAUGCAUACUAUACUGUACCAGUAUACCCUAAUCACAGGAAGUAUUUAAAAUUCUCUUGGCGAGGACAAUUGUAUCAUUAUACUGACAUUAUACAUGCCUGCCAAAUAGUCUAGCCUCAGCCCCACGUAUUUGUACAAAAAUCUUGAAUCCAGUCUAUGCAUCGGGCACAUCUCCUUCGGGUAUAUUGAUGACUCGUACUCGCAGGAUGACAACUUUGAUGGUUGUAAGACAAAUGUCCAGGACACAACCACAAUGUUUGAUUCAUUGGGGUUUUUUCCCCAUCAGACCAAGUCAGUAACCAUUCCUGUCCAACAACAGGACAUGACGGUCUCUUUAACCUCUAAAAGAGCCACAAAGCUUCAAACUGCUUGCAUAAAUUGGUUAGCAAAGAGGAGACCUUUAAUUCAGGAGGGUGCACAUGUUAUUGGCCUUAUGGUGGCUAGUUUCCCCGCCGUGACCUUUGCACAGCUAUUCUAUGGGGCUUUUGCUAAUUUACAGUGGUGGAUAUCCAAUAUUGAGACAUCCUCCAAACCUGUUCUGGCCAGCCAGCCAGAUAUGGUAUCGCCAAUAUGUCUCUUGACAGCCAGAUCCUAAGGCAGUAGCAGUUGAUGCUUUCAGCAUGAACUGGGCUACUAAAAGCUUUUACGCUUUUCCUCCCUUUAGCCUGUUAACAGAUGUUUGGCAAAAGAUCCAGGAGGAAUCAGCAGAGGGUAUACUGAUAAUACCCCUGUGGCCUACACAACCGUGGUACCCUGUGGCAAUGCAAAUGUUGGUCAACCACCCACAGAUUUUGCCCAAAAUGCAACGUCUUCUUUACUUACAUCAAAUCAUGGCGAAGCGGAACUGUCCAGCAGUACCAAGUUACUUACCAUGCGGCAGCAUCCCCUG